ACAUAAGAAACGAAAAAACUAUAGAGGAGAAAGGACAAGGCAGCUGAACUGAGCGGAGCUGAUCCUGCUGUCUUUAUUUACCGAUUUAAGAUUUGAACAUCAACCCAACCCAUUUCAAUAUCGUCCAGGGCUUUCAUGCUUUGACAAAGUACCAAUACAGUACUAAGUUUGACUAAAAGAUCAUGAAUUUCUUAGUUGGAGCUUUUAAACCACCAUGCAAUGUUUCUAUUAAUCUUGCUGAUGGAAGAACACGCAAGCAGGUUCCUUUAAAGAAGGAAAAUGGCCAAACAGUCAUGGUUCCUCUCUUCCAAAGUCAAGAAAACAUUGUUGGGGAGGUUGUCAUAGAACCAGUUCAAGGGAAGAAGGUCGAACACAAUGGUGUUAAAAUUGAGCUGCUUGGUCAAAUAGAAUUGUAUUUUGAACGAGCCAACUUUUAUGACUUUACUUCUCUCGUGCGUGAACUCGAUGUACCUGGAGAGUUAUAUGAAAGAAAGGCAUAUCCCUUUGAAUUUUCUACAGUGGAAAUGCCAUAUGAGUCCUAUAAUGGAGUGAAUGUGAGGCUUAGGUAUAUAUUGAAAGUGACAAUCAGUCGGAACUAUGUCAGCAACAUUGUCGAGUACCAGGAUUUUGUGGUUCACAACUACACUCCGCUUCCAUCAAUCAAUAACAGCAUUAAGAUGGAAGUUGGAAUUGAGGACUGUCUUCAUAUUGAAUUUGAAUACAGCAAAAGCAAGUACCACCUGAAGGAUGUCAUCAUUGGCAAAAUAUAUUUUCUUAUGGUGAGAAUUAAGAUUAAGAAUAUGGAGCUUGAGAUCAGGCGCCGUGAGUCAACGGGAUCAGGGCCUAGUACAUAUGUUGAGACAGAGACCCUAUCAAAAUUUGAGUUGAUGGACGGUGCUCCUGUCAGAGGUGAAUCAAUUCCAAUUAGAUUGUUCCUGAGUCCGUAUGAGUUGACACCUACAUAUCGCAACAUCAACAACAAAUUCAGUGUGAAGUACUACUUGAAUCUUGUUCUUGUUGAUGAAGAAGAUAGACGGUAUUUUAAGCAGCAAGAAAUCACAGUUUAUCGGCUUCUUCCAACUCCUUGAUUGAUUGUCCAUCUCAGAGGAGCUCGAUAAUUUUAACGUGACAAAAAAGGAAGGAGCGUUAUGCUAGUAACACCAAUUGGGUAGUUUGCUUCUUUAAAGGACCAAGGAUUGGGAUUUGUCAUGGAGAGAUUUCCCUAUUUUUCGUGUUGAUGGUGCCGUUCUUGAUUUUAGUCAGUGAAACUCCUUUCUGAUGGCAGAAACCUUUCCAUGUUUGGGAUACUUCGGACUAAACUGGUUCUAUUGUUCUACUUUGGUGGUUGCAUUUUAAGGCUGUUCUUUUCGUUGCAUUGCAACCUGUACUUUAUUCUGUAAAUUUGAGGGGUUUUUUUCUUUUCUUUUCCCAUCUCCCUUAGAAUGUGUUACGAAAAUCUUCUUUCUAGGUGUAACUUGCUUAGUUUUUUUCUUUAAAUCGAGGUUAUCUUUGGAUAUUGCAGGUUUUAUAUAUUUAUAUGGGAUCUUCAAACCAUUUUAUACGGGAAAGUUGUAAUAAUUCUU